AUGACUGCUCGAGUGGUGAUCUACCUUCUUAUUUGCAGCCUGCUGAGAUUGAUGUGGGUAAUAGAGCAGCCAUCGAGCAGCCUGCUGGAAGCGCAUCCACUGUUUGCUUGGCUAUGCUCAAAGAUAUCGGUCUAUAAGGUCUUCAUUUGGAUGGGAGCUUACGGAGGAGACAGCCCAAAGCCAACCGUGCUUUACAGCAACUAUCAGUUCAUCUACAAGCUGUACUGUCCUCUGCCAAAGGGGAAGGUCUUUGAAGCAGAGAUGAGCAACAAAUACGUCGACUCUUCGGGCCAGCUUCGUGUUUCGGGGGGCUCUGAUCUCAAGAUGUCCCAGCACUAUCCUGAACGGUUCGGUAUUGCUGUGUUUGAGCUCUACAUGGACCACAGAAAGCAGAUCAUGAAGGAGGUCAAGAACAACCAGGAAGCCUUGCUCAACGGUCCAAUUCGGAAAGAGCUGAAGGACCCAUGUUUCAAUUGUUGA